UUAUAAAUAAAUAAUAAAUAACCGAAGGAUACAAAACUACAAGGGUGCGGUUUCGAAGCAACAGAGAAGAAGAAGAAGGACAAUACAACCUUGAUGUCAACACUUUCCAACAAUUAACACUUUCUUCUUCCAUCUCUGUUGCUGUCUUUGAUUUCCGCCACUUCAGAGCUCGUGAUGUACAGUUCUUGUAAAAGGUCUCAACUCACAUUUAUGAGUCAUAGUAACUGAGAAAGAAAUAUUGUAGAUCUGAAUUUUCAAUGGCUCCAGGAGGCAGUUCUUUCAAAGAAGUCCUUGAGUCUCACCUGAUAUUUUCAGAUUAUUAGACCACUAUGUCUAAAAUGGAGGCCAACAUUAAUAGUACAGUCACAAAAUCUAGGGUUGCGUUGGAUGGAAAGAUUGGCAUUAAUUCGAAGAAUGAUGUCUAUGACUUACUUAAGUGCCCUGUUUGCACAAAUUUGAUGUAUCCACCAAUUCAUCAGUGCCCUAAUGGCCAUACAUUAUGUUCAAAUUGUAAGAUUUCUAUGCAUAACUGUUGCCCAACAUGCUUCUGUGAUCUUGGGAAUAUAAGGUGUUUGGCUCUAGAGAAAGUAGCUGAAUCGUUGGAGCUUCCUUGCAGAAAUCAGAGUCUAGGUUGUCAUGAUGUAUUCCCAUACUACACUAUGCUUAAGCAUGAGCAAAAUUGUCGGUUUCGUCCGUACAAGUGUCCCUAUGCUGGAUCAGAGUGCUCUGUCAUGGGUGACAUUCCAACUCUCUUGGUCCAUCUCAAGAUUGAUCACAAGGUUGACGUGCAUGAUGGAUGCACCUUUAACCAUCGAUAUGUCAAAUCAAAUCCACAUGAAGUUGAAAACGCCAUAUGGAUGCUAACUGUUUUUAAUUGUUUUGAAAGGUAUUUCUGCUUGCACUUUGAGGCAUUUUUGCUAGGAAAAGCUCCAGUUUAUAUAGCCUUUUUACGAUUUUUGGGUGAAGACAAUGAGGCAAGUAAAUUUAGGUUCACUUUGGAAGUUGGUGCAAAUAGCCGUAAACUUAUAUGGCAAGGAAUUCCAAGGAGCAUUCGCAAUAGUCAUAGAAAGGUUCGUGAUUGUCAAGAUGGACUCAUCAUUCCGAGGCACUUAGCUCUUUAUUUUUCUAGUGGGGACAAGCAACAAUUGAAGUUCAAGAUCACUGGUCAUAUUUGGAAAGACGAAUGAAAAAAAAACGUGAAUAUUUUAGGAGUUUUACAGCCGUUGUACAGAGCCAUAAACUACAUCAGUUUAAGAUUUUGGUCUCUACAGAGAAUGAAGCUUUUAGUUGUCUUCAUGGUUUGUCCUUCAAUUCAUCACAAAAUCUACUUGAGAACUACAUUCAAGCUGGCCUUGAGCUUUCUUUCCUUUUAUUUUUAUUAAAAUAAUUAUGUGCUUUUGAAUGUA